AUGUUAGGGCAAAGCGGCGUUUGUCGCUAUCCAUCCAGACAACAUAACCUAACCGGCACAUUUGAUUCUAGAACAUCAUCAUCAUCAUCAUCAUCAUCAUCAUCAUCACCAUCACCAUCAGCAUUAGAAAAUAUGAAAAAAGAAAUAAGCAUAGAAAAAGAAAAGAUACGCACGAUGGGUUGUUCAAAUGCUCGUUUAUUAGUACAAGCACCAUCGGCUACUGAAACCGGUGCACGAACAAAUAAUCCUUUAUCAUCAUCAACAGAAGGAACAUCUCCAACUAAUGUUCCUAUUGAUACAACAACACGAAUGCAUUUAACAGGAGUUGAUCUCGUUGUGGAAAGAAAUGGUUCAUACACACUUUUACUCACACCAAAAACUCAUAAGCAAUUAAUGCCUUAUGUAUUACGAAAGAAAAGAUUUCGAAUUCUCGUUGAUAAGCCUCGUUCAGAACUGACAGUAAUUCCUAAUGAACAAAUCAUGGAAAGUAAUAAAGAAUUAAAAUUAACUUCUGAAAAAGAUAAAACAACUAAACAAACUCAAAUGAAUGAAUCAACAGUAGAAUCCAUUGAACAAAUUGCAUCUGAUGAAUUAAAUAAAGUUGAAUCUCGUUUAUUAUGUGGUCGAAGUAUUGAUCGUGGUAAUCCUGAUGAUGAAGAUGAAUAUAUUCAAUCGGAUGAUGAAGGUAUGAUUGAAGAAAUUAUUACAACUGUUGAACAAGAUAAAGAUCUUGAAUGUAAAGUUAAAAAGAAAAUUGAAACAAAAAAAACUAUGUCACAACAUCCUGAUACACAUGAUACAAUAACAAAAGUUGUUAAAACUGAAGUUACAGAAAUAACACGUACAAUAACAUUAAAUGAUCAUCAUGAUAUUGAACGUGCUAAACGUGAAUUAGGUAUUGAUGCUGUUAAUAAACUUUUACCAUCAUCAACAUGGACUAAUCAAUCACAUGGAAGUGAAAUAAAAGAAAAACAAGAUGAAACAAAGAAAGAACUAAUUACAUCAAAAGAUUUAUCAUCGAAUAGUCAAAUAAAACAAAUUCAACCAGAAAAAAAAUUUGUCUUAUCUGAAUCAACAACAGUUGGACGAGGUCCUGUUAAUGAAACAAUAUUAUCAUCAUCAUUAUCAGUAUCAUCUUCAAAAUCUGAACAAAAACCGAUUGAAAUAAAAAAAAAGAAAAAAAAAUCUAAAUUUUGUUCAUGUACACGUUCAACUGAUGAUGAACAUAAGAAAGAAAGUUUAACUAAAACUCCAAUUGAACAAAUAGAUCAAAUUUCAACAGUAAAAAUACCCGUUGUUCAAUCAGUUAUGGAGACACAAAUUCAAGGUCAACAAUUAAUAUCAUCAGAUAUUAAACAGUUAAUUAUUGAUAAAAAAUUUCUAUUAAUUGAAUAUAUACAUUCAAAAAUAUUUGCUCCAUCAAAAUUAUUAACAUCCAAUGAAGAUGAUAUAAAAGCUAGAAAGAUUUCAUCACGUAUUUUGGAUUUAUUACGUUAUGAUCGUUGUUCAUCAUGGACACAAAUGUUUGAACAAUUAACUGAUGAAUAUGCUAAUUAUUUAUCGGCUAAUUUAAUUAUACAACCAAUGGUUAAUACAUAUGAAAGUUUAUUUACGAAUAAACAGUCAAAUUUAUUAAAUACAUUUUCAACAAUUCAUAAUGAAAAUGAUAUUAAAAAUAUCCAAGAAAACAAUGAUUAUAUAACUAUUGUCGAAAAUCAUAUUGAUGAACGAGAUAAUCAACCAACUAUUGGGGUUCUUGUACAACAAUCUGUUGACAAUAUAGAAAAUACACUGGAGAAUUUACAAAAAACUAGUCCAGAUGAACAAGUUGAAAAAGUUACUAAUGAUGAUGAACAAUUAAUUAGAGAAGUAAAUAUGACGAAUGAUAUUCAGCAAUCAUUACCUGUUUAUAAUGAAGAACAAUUAAUAAAAAUGCUUGCUGAGAUACCUCAACAUAAACCAGUAACAUUAGCUGAAGCAAUAGCAUAUGAAUAUAUUGAUAUUGAAGAUCCUAAAUUAGGUUUAUCAAAUGAUACAAUUCAAUAUAUAAAAAAUUUAUUUCGUCCAUUAUCUGAUCAAUCAGCAUCAAAUUUAAUUCGAAUUCAACGUUCUGGAGAAUAUUUAACUGAUAUUAAUCUAGCUGAAACAAAUCCAUUUGAAAAAUUCAAUAUAACUGAACCAUAUAUUUAUCAAUUGCAACAAUUAUUUGAACCAAUAUUAGAUUUUAAUGAAAAUCAAUUUCGUUUAUUAACAGAAACAAUAUUAAAGAAUAAAGAACAAUAUGAUCAAUUACAAUUUGAUAUAGCACCUACAUCAUUACCAAUUUAUGAUAUGAAAGAAUCAUCAACAAAUGAUUUUAGUCAAUCAGAUUCAGGUUAUUCAAUGACAACAGCAACACAUGAAAGUUUAGCAAGUAAAAUAAAAAUUGAAUUCGAACCCAUUAAUCAAGAUAUACCUACACCACCAAUACGUAGUGAUUUAUAUGAAGAAGAAAAAAUUGAUUUAGAUAAAGCAACACAAGAACAAUUGGAUAAAUAUGAACUUAAUCAGGAUUUAAUUCAACUAAUUAAAUUAGACUUUAAUGCAUCGGAUAAAACUAUUGGACAAGCAAUAUUAUCACGUGAAUUACGUUUGGAUAGUACAGAUCCGAGUGAUAUAAUGCGUUUACAUUCGUUAGGUAUUCAUAAAGAGCAAGCAAGGAUCUUGACUGCCUUUUUCUUUCCAAAACAUACACGUAUAAUUGCUUAUUCACCAGAACCCGGUCGUUUUGUCGAAGCUCAAACAACAUACAAUCCUGAUUAUCCAAGUUAUAAAACCGAUACAACAAUAAUACAAAUUCAAGAAAAACAACUUUCAUCUGAUCAUCUAGCAAAACAAAGAAAUAUUCAUGAUGAUCGAGCAUCACCAAUUUUAUCCGAACAAAUAACACAAUCAGAAACAAUUGUUCCAGUUUCAUCAUCAGAAAUUUCUCCAAUAAUAAUUACUAAAGAAAAACUACCAUCGCCACCACUCUCGUCCCCACCACCAACAUCUCCUCCACCACCACCUCCAACAACAACAACAGCAACAGCAACAGCAGCACCUAUAAAAAAACGAAAAUCAAGUGGUAGUUUGUUAGCUUGCUUUAAAAGUAAGAAACCUAAAGCAGGAACUGAACAACAAGGUCAAGCAACUAUUCAAUCAACAACCGCUGUUAGUGAAAUAAAUACUACACAACAACCAAGUAAACCUAGCGAAGAAAAACCUAUUGUUGAUUAUUCUGUUACACAAGAUGGUAAACGAAUUUAUAUCGAUGCUUUUCGAGAUCGACCUGGUCUUGAUAUGUCAUAUAAACCAAAUGAUUUUGAAAAUCGAUUCGUUCUACCUAUCGCAAAGCCAGCAUCUGAAUAUGAACAACCAAUUCCACAUGAAAUUGAACCAAUUACUUUUAAGCCUAAAACCAUUGAACAUGAACCUAUGAUUCAUUUAGAACCACGUUCACCAGUUAUUGAACCAGUUGAUGUUCAACCUGAAAAAACACCAAUUAUUGUUCCACUAACAAAAACUGAUGAAAUGAUAAUCACAAAAAAACCAACUAUUGAUUUACAUGGAGCAGCUGUUAAGUUACCAGAUAUUGAAUUAGUUCAACCAGGACCAUUACCAACAUUAUCAAUUAAAAAAAAAGAUAAAACAAAAAAAGUUAAAAAAUCAACUGGUGGUUUAUGUGCGUCAUGUUUUAGUACAAAAGCUAAAGAAAAAAAGAAACAAAAAGAAAGUAUUUCCGAAACCAUUCAAGCACCUAUGAAACAAAAGAAAAUUACUGAAAUAGAAAAAAAGGAAGAUUUACCAUCAACUGUAAUUUUAACAACACAAAAUAUUGAGCCACCAUCAUUAUCAUCAACUACAGUUAAUGAACCAAUUUUACCUAAAGUUAAUAUUGAUAUAUUUAAAGAACGAAAUUUUCAAAAGAGUGCUCAGAAUUUUCCUCAACCAGAACAACGGUUAGAUGUAACAAUUGAAAAAAUAAUGCCAGUUAUAGAACCUCAUCAACAAUCCUCACCUAGAGAAGUAUUACCACCAUCAUUAACGACUACAACAACAACUACUACUGCUAGUGAAUUACCAGUGAAAUCUUCAGCAAUAAAAGAUACAUCAGUUUUUUCUCGAGUUAAUAUUGAUAUAUUUAAAGAACGAAAUUUUCAAAAGAGUGCUGAGAAUCUUCCUCGACCAGAAAAACAAUUAGAUGUAACAACUGAAAACAUAACGCCAAUUAUAGAACCUUAUCAACAAUCAUCACCUAGUGAAUCAUUACCACCAUCAUUAACGCCUACAACAACAAAAACUACUACUGUUAGUGAAUCACCAGUGAAAUCUUCAGCAAUAAAAGAUACAUCGAUUUUUUCUCGAGUUAAUAUUGAUAUAUUUAAAGAGCGAAAUUUCGAAAAGACUGCUGAGAAUCUUCCUCAACCAUCGGAGCAGCUAGAUGUGACAAUUGAAAAAAUAAUGCCAAUUAUAGAACCUCAUCAACAAACAUCGCCUAGUGAACCAGUGCCACCAUCAUUAACGACGACAACAACAACUACUACUGCUAGUGAAUCACCAGUCAAAUCUUCAGCAAUAAAAGAUACAUCGGUUUUUUCUCGAGUUAAUAUUGAUACAUUUAAGGAGCGAACAUUUCCAAAACCUUCUGAGACUCCUCCUAAACCAGAAGAGCAUUUAGAAGUAACAGACCAAAACAUUGUAUCACCACCUGAAGAAUCUCAUUAUGAGUUACCAACGAAUGAACCUGUACAACCACCCAUGGUAGCAAUAAAAACGAUCGAAUCAACCACUAAAGAUUCAUCGAUUUUUUCUCAAGUCAAUAUUGAUGCAUUUAAAGAAAGAACUUUCGACAAGGAUUUUAAGAAUCUUCCUAAAUCGGAAGAACGUCCAGAUAUAACAAAUGCAACAUUAACAUCAUCACUUGAAGAAUCUCAUUAUGAAUUACCGAAGAACGAGCCUAUCGAACCACAAAUACUGAGUAGAAAAACAUUUGAAUCUAUACCAAAGGAUUCAUCAGUUUUCUCUCAAGUUAAUAUUGAUACAUUUAAAGAACGGACUUUUGAAAAAAGUCCUAAGGAUUUUUCGAAGCCAGAAGUAUAUUCAGAUAUAAUCGUUGAAAAAGUAAUCUCAGGUGAAGAACCACAUUAUCAAUUGCCAUCUAGCGAGCCUGUGCCGCUUCCAAUAAUACCUAUAGAAAACGAAUAUGCAACCGUUGACCGUAAUACAUAUGAUGUUCCUCGUACGAUUGAACUUCAACAAACAGUAUCACCGAUUGAAAUAAAAACAGACGCAAAAACAACCAACGAACCAAUGAUUCCGUCAACGAUUGAUAUUCAAAAAUCUAGUGGUGAUUUUCUUUCAACUAAAACUGUUGAAGAAAAAGUAAAAAGCGUUGAAAUAUCUCCAAUCAUAACUGAUAUUGUACCAAGUACAAAUAUUAAAGAAGCCAAAACUGAACAGUCGUCAACAAUUGCAAAGAAAACAAAAAAAUCCAAAGCAACAAAACCUAAAACUGAAAAAAAAUCUGGUGUAUUUUCAACAUUUUUUCAUCAUAAUAAACAAAAAUCUAAAAUACCAGCACUCGAUUUACCACCAGUAGAACGUGAUUUAUCAUCAAAUACUCAAUUAUAUCCAACACAUCAGCCUGAUACUGAUCCAUUACAUGUACCAGCAACUAAUUUACCAAAACCUGAUAUUCCAUUACCAACAUAUGAUCGACCUGAAGUUAAUAUGAAAACAGGACAAAUUAAACAAACAUCAGAAUUUACUAUACCUGCUAUUGAUUUAACAUCUGAAUCUAAUUUUAAUUUACCAGAAGAUAAAAAACAAAUAAUUGGUACAAAAUCUGAUCCAAUGAAAAUUCCUAAUCUUCAAUUACCUCAUAUUCAAUUUACAAUAGAUGAACAAAAAAUUAAUAAUUUACCUGAUAUUGAAAUAAAAACAAAAGUUGAAGAAAUUCCAGUCACAAGAAUUAUUGAAAAAGAUUUAAUAUUGACAUCACCUGUUGAAGAUACUUUAAAUAUUCAAAAUGAUCAGCAAAAUAUUCCUAUUGAAACUAAUGAUACUAUUCAAACAAAAACAAUUAUUCUAAAAUUAUCAUCGGAUCAAACAGAAAUAUUAAAUAAACCUGAAUUGUCAUUGAUCGAACAAAAGAUUACAAUAACUGAAAUAAAUAUUGAUCAACUAUCAAAGCCUUCAGUUAUCGUUGAGAAAAAGACAAGUCCUGAUAAUAAUAUUCAAUUACCGUCUAUAGAACCUGUUGUAACAAUAUCAAAAACUUCUACAUCAAGUUCACCAUCAUUUGAUAAUAAUGUUCCAACAAAAGUUGUUUCAACAGUAAAAUCAUCUGAAAAACAAUUGAUUGAAACAAAAGCUGAACCAACAAAAAAAUCUUCAAAAAGUUCAUUAUGUUCAUGUUUUAGUAAUAAAUCAGCUAGUUCAAAAGAUAAAACUCGUUCUAUUCAAGCACCAAAAACAAAUUUACCAGAAGUUAAUAUACCUGUUUCAUCAUCAAAUAUUUCAUCAACAUUAAAAACUCAAGGAUCAUUGCGUGCACCAUCGAAUGAUUUACCACCAGUUGAUUUAACUCCAACAUCAAUUGAACCUAUUGUUUUACCAACAAUUCAUAUACAAGAUAAAAAACAACCAAUUAAUCAACCUGAAACAAUUGUCCCAUUGAAUGAAAUUAAAAAACAAAAAGAAAUUCAAAUGUCAUUACCAAUUCAAGCGCCUCUACUUGAAAAACAACUAGGAGACGAAAAAAAAGUUCAAACAAAUAUUUCAACAGUAGCGAUUGAAACACAACCAGUGAAAGAAACUCAAACCGUUUCUACUGAAUCUAAAAAAUCAUCAUCAUCAUCAUUUGAAAUCAAAGCUCCAAUUUUAAAUAUUCCCGAACUUAAUUUAUCCAGACCAUCAAAAAUUGAUGCCUAUCAAUCUUUUACUAAACAAGAAGAAUCAACAUCAAUUCCUGAACAAAUUCAAUCACGUUCUGAUAGUGGUCUUGAAGCAAUUAUUUCUUCACAUAUACAUCCAUCAUCAACAUUUGAUACAAUGACAACAAUGGAAGAUGUUCAACAACAUCCAUCAAUUAGUUCUGGUUUAGGUAGUGAAAUUUUAGAUAAACAUACAAUAAAAAGUUCGACAUCAUCUGAUAUUCAAAUGAUACAACCAAGUGUUAUAUCAAAAAAAGAAGAAAUUAGUUUAACUAAAAAUGAUUUUAUACAUAAAAUAACAAUGAAUGAUGAAACACGUUCAAAAUUAAUAUUUCGACAAGAUCAAUUAAAAAAAUGUUUAGAAAAUGAAAUAGCAAAAUCAAUUAUUGAUUUUGAUCCAAAAAAAGAUCAUAAACCAUUAGAAAAAAUUUUAAUACAUGCUAUUGAUUUAAUUAAAGAUCAAAAAGUAACAACAUAUCCUGAAUUACAACAAAAAUUAACUGUAGAACAUAAACAUCAAGCUUUUAUUGUUGAUCCUGUUGUACGUUCACUGUAUUGUACGAUUGAAAAAGAGGGUUUAGACAAUAUAGAUAAACCCGAAUUCCCAUUAGCUAUACGUGAUAUGGUACGUCUUCCAGCCAAGCAGACAUUUGACACAGUGACGCAUUUGAAUAAAGAAGAAAUGCCAUUAGCUACAACACAAAUGACAAAAGAAACUCGUUCUCCUCAUUUGGAUGUUUCUAUUCCAAGUGAAGCAUCCAUAACUAUCGAAAAGAAAUCAUCAGAACAAACAAAAAAACCAAUAGAUGAUAAAACACGUUCUUGUUUAACAUGUGGUCGUUCAAAAUCGAAAACCAAACUUUCAUCAUCAUCAACAACAACUUCAAUCAAUAGUUUACUUGAUGAACGUCGUCGUUUACAAUUAAAUACUCAUCGUCAAGAAUUAGGUACUGUUCUUCAUGAACAUAUUCAAUCAUCACAACCACCAAUUCGAAAAUUUGAUGAACAUUCAAAAGAAGCUGAAAAAAUCAUUCGCAGAAGUUUAGUACUUGUUACACAUCCAAAAAUUCAAUCAUAUGAACAAAUUCGUAAUGAUUUAAAAAUUGAAUAUAAACAAACAUUUUAUCUUAUUGAUCCAAUUGUUGAUAUUGUACGUGAUACAUUUAAUCAUUGUGAUAUAGUACAAAUGAAUGAAAAAACUAAUAUUAAUAUAUUAAAUUCAAAUAUUUCACAAACAGCAAAUUUAUAUAAUAAUCAAAUAAAUUUAUUAACAACUCAAGAAUAUAAUUUAUUAAAAUCAAAUCAAUUAUCAUGGUUACAAUCAUAUUUAAUUGAUAAUGAAACAAAAGAAAAAAAAUUAACACGAAAACAAAUUAAAGAAUUAAAUAAAAUUUUACAACGUAGUUUAGAAAUACUUUCAACUAAUCUUAUAUCAACAUGGGAUGAAUUAUUACUACAAUUACAACGUGAAUAUUCUAAAACACAUGAUUUAUGUAUACGUUCAAUUGAAUUAUUAAAACAAUCACAUAGAGAUGGUUUAUUUCUAUUACAACAAGCUCCAAGUGAAGAAAAACGACGUUUAUCAUUUUUAUUAAGUGAACGUGCAAGACAAAAUUUAAAAACAAAUCGAUCAAAAGUUAUUUUAUCAUUAAAAAAUUUAUUAAUUAAUCAUAAUAAAUUAUCAAAUGAUAAUAAACAAUUAGAUAUUUAUCUUAAUAAAACAUUUUCCUAUUUAGAAGAACAAAAACAAGGACAAUUUAAAACUUAUAAUGAUUUAAAACAACGAUUAAAACAAGAUUUUAAAAAUAAUAAUCAAGAUUAUUUAAUUGAACAAAUUGUUGAUAUUAUUGAGCAGGCACAUGCAACAAAUCAAUUUGAUGAUAUUGAUAAACCAGAAGUACAAACUUUAAUGAAAGAUAGAUUAGAAGGAAAACCAUUAAUUAUUAAAGAAAUGUAUGUUUCAUUACCACCACGUAUAGGUGUAACAAAAUUUUCAAAUGAUGAAUCAUCACGUUAUUUAUUAACAUCAGUAAAUGGUGAUCGAACAUUAACUAAUACAACAUCAUCACAUUCAAUAGGCCGUGGUCUUAGCUGGAGAGAAGCAAAUGAACGUGCAAGAAUUUUAUUCUAUAGAGGAAAACAUCCAGCUAUACAUUAUGAUGAACAAGCUGAUGUUUUUGAUGUUAGAAUGUUACUUGAAACAGCAUCGGGUGGUACUCAAGAAAUACCUGUUACAGAUACUGACAUUCACGAAUUACUUAAUUCAUGUGGUGUUCAAUGGGAUGGUGUAAAUAUCAUAUCAUUAGUUGAUCAUAGUGAAGAUGUUGUACGUGCUGCUGAACAAGCUGCAUUAAGAGUUAUUCGAGAAAAAGGUAUUUUUGAUUUACGAGUACCACCAUCAACAACAACAAACGUUGAUAUUCAUGAUGAUGAUCAUAAUGUAUCAGUUGUUUCACCUGAUGCAACAACAUCAUCUUCAUGA